UGAGGAACCGAAAUGAAAGCAAAUGAUGAGGGGAACAAAAUCAUGUCAGAGUUGAAGAGCAAUGGUUUAAAAAUGCACCAGACAUCAUCUUGUAUCUGAGCGCCUCUCGUUCCUCUGUCUCUACAACUGGAUUUGAUCACCAGCCUGUACUUCUUGUAAAGUCGCGGACUUCUGGGUUUGUUGGUGGUGAAACAUAAGACCGAGGAGUGGAAAAUGAGCAUUGGUACUCUGAGCGAAGAAGUCCUGAACAGGCUGUCAAAGAUGUUGGACAACUCCACCUGCGGAUGGAGGCAGCUAGCCAAUGCGGUGGCCGAGGAACCGAAAUUCCGCUGCAGUGAAAGUGAGCUGACCAGCUGCUCACUCCAGGUGCUGAGCGCCGCAGGCAGCCCAGGACGCACCCUCCUGGCUCGUCUCGCUGAUCGUUCCUGCUCCCUGGAAUUCCUGUUCCAAUGCCUGAGGAAGGUGGACCACCAGGAAGCGGUGCAUUACCUCACCACCGCAGUGGCAGAGAUGAUUCUGAUCACAGUGCAGCCGCAGUCCCAGCAGGCCACAGCGGGGAGCAGGGUGGUAUUGACCUGCAGAGCUGAUGGUCCCCCUGGGCUCAGCUACCAGUGGUUCAGAGGCAAAGAGGAGAUUUUGGACGAGACAGGGUGUAUGCCGGAGCUGGUCCUGUGUCCUCUAGCCCCGGUCCACCAGGGUCACUACAUCUGUAGGGUCAACCAUGGAGAAAACUGCAUCUUCUCUCAGUGGGCUCAGGUUUGCUUGGUUCACUGUGCAAGUUCUAGUCCAGGCUGCAGCAGCAGUCUGUUUCCAGGGUCAGUGAGUGGGCUGCGUAUCACCCAUCAGCCUCAGUCCCAAGCAGCGUCUGAGGGCGACUCUCUGCUCCUUCAUUGCAAAGCAGAGGCCAACCCUCCCGCCCAGUACGAGUGGUACCACAACGCGGUGCCCAUGCCAGAACACAAGACACCUUCACUCAAGAUCCCGUGUGUGACCACAGCACACAGAGGACUGUACAGAUGUAAGGUGUUCAAUUUUUAUCAUGAGGCGUGGAGCGACACAGCAACAGUCACCAUUGGUCCCAGUUCCAUUACUGAUGCAUCCUGGGUAGAAGUUGAUCGUGGUCUAGACUCACAGGAAAUCCAAAGGCCAAUUUGCAGACCAGGAAUAAAUCCACUACAAGAGAUGACCAAUCAGCCUUCGUCAGCCAAGCAUUUCUAUGCAACAGGCAAAGUUGCUCUGCUGAUUGGCAACAUGAACUACCUCUACCACACUCAGCUAUGUGCUCCCAUUGCUGACGUCCAUGAGUUGACCAACCUCCUCCGACAAAUGGACUUCAAGGUGGUUUCCCUGCUUGACCUCAACUGGCAGGAGAUGCACAGCGCCGUUACAGAGUUCCUCUUGCUGCUUGACAAGGGAGUCUACGGCUUGCUAUACUUUGCUGGUCAUGGUUAUGAGAAUUAUGGCAACAGUUUCAUGGUUCCCAUUGAUGCACCGGCCUCCUACACAUCAGAGCACUGUUUGUGUGUACAGAAUAUACUCACCAGGAUGCAGGAGAAAGAGACUGGACUCAACAUAUUCCUGCUGGACAUGUGUCGCAAAAGAAACCCAAAUGAUGAUGUCAUUGUACAACCAAGACUGCUGAAGGUCACAGCAAAUACAGUGUUUGGUUAUGCCACAUGUGUAGAUGCAGAGGCAUAUGAAGUAAAGAGGGAAGACGUGUCCAAUGGCAUCUUCAUAAACUUCCUCAAACAGCGAGUUUGUGAAGAUGAGAAGGUCACAGUCAUGCUAGACAGAGUGGCUGAAGACAUGGGUCGUUGUGCAAUCACACGAGGGAGGCAGGCUCUGGAGCUACGAAGUAAUCUGUCUGAACGACGGUCCCUCACCGACCAGAUAAAGACCUCUGAAUGUUCUGCAUCCUAUUCAGCUCGCAACCUGCAGUGGGCCGUCGCUCACGUCCUACCCAAGAGUCAUUAUCUGCAGUUUGACUGUGGGGUGACGGUUCAGCUUGGGUUUGCUGCAGAGUUCUCCAACAUCAUGUUCAUCUACACCCGGAUACUUGAGAAGCCCAGAGAAAUUGUUUCUUGCUCUGCUCAGCUUACUGACUUCCCCGAGGAUGUGGACAUCGAUCUGAAGAAGAGUAACCAGGAGACUCUGCUUGAAGCCGGCAGUUUAUUAUUGAUCAAAGAAAAUAUUCCUUCAUCAGAGGGCCCCAGUCUUUACACUCGCAUCUGCAGCCUGCAGAGACUCAGGAGCGAGCUCACAUUCAGUGUCUGUCUUCAUUACACCUAUUCCAACAUGGACGAAGAGGUACAGGAAAGGCAACCAGUAACAGUUGGCAAACCGCUGGUCUCCAAACUCAACCUCUAUGAACCACGACCAUCUCACACCUGCUCUGCGUCCUCAGCCCUCAGCCUUGACUCCUUCGGCGUUCCUCAGUGCUCCUCCUUUGCCGAGGGCUUCGCCUCUGUUGGGUCAGCCUCAAAUGCAUGGUCAUAUUAUGCACAAACUGGCAGAGAAUCUUCCACCAAUGACUCUCCGACUUCAUCCAGCAGUGCCAACAUACCAGAGGAGACUGACAGUCCUGAAUUGUUUGAUACCCCUAAACCUCUUGUACCCAGCAAAAGCUUGCCCCACAGCCAAGUAAACAACACAAACUACAAAUUUAGUGAAAUGAACGAUUUUCACUCUUACUAGGCAUUAUGAAACCUGAUUUGUCCAUUACAUACUGAUAAAUCAGAGUACACAUAUACUAAAAAAAAAGUCAAAAGAUGGGAAAAAAGCCUUUGAUUUGCCAUUUCAGUAAAGUUGACCCAGGACUCAGGUCAUUGUAUGUGGUCCAUUUAUCUUCUAUAUUAAGUUUUUGUAAUGUUUUAUAAAGAUUUUUUACAAGAAAUCGGUACAUUUUAUCACAUAACACUGCAGAUCAAGUUUGACGUGUUCUUUUUGUAAG